ACCACGCAGACACAGUCACUGCUCCAGGGAUAUCUCUCUCUCUCUCUGACUCUGCUACUCUGGCUCACUCAACUCGCCGACUUUCCAUCCCAAAGGCGCCACAACGCCAGGCUCCACGACUCUAACCAUGACUUGCUACCUGCCGGGUCUGCUCCUCGUGGUGUUGCUGUUCGUGAGCGGAGGGCACAGCCUCAAUUGCUACUCGUGCAGCACGAGCACCAACAAUACGGCGUGCGACGCGGGCGGCCUCACCACGUGUCCCCUCGCAUCGCUGGACACCUGCGCGACAAUUCUAUUCUACCAGGGCUCCACCUACGUCCUCCUCAAGAGUUGCCUCCCCAAGGUCUAUUGCGACGCCAUCAAAUUACUCGAUAACGACUACAACGGAGCUACGCUGAGAACCAUGUGCUGCCAGAGCGACGGCUGCAACGGCAACGCCGCCCCUCGCCCGGUGGGCGCAGCUCACGUGACCCUGGCGCUGCUGGGCGUGGCCAUCAGCGUCGUGGUCAGCAGGGCUCUGGUGUAGGUCGUGACGUCACAGCCGCACCCCCCCCAUCCCCACGUGCCUGGGUUCGGUCCAAUCACUUGUCUACUUCCAUUCGGUUGUCUCACGACGCUUCCACCAGUGGAGCUGUGCAACGUUUAAAUCGUCUAGAUUGUUGCGUUAUGCUGCUAAAGAAGUUCAAAGUACAAAUACAUGGAAACAAGUAGACUCAUCAAACCGGGACUCAAAGACUCAUUACACAGAGACCCAGAGACUCAUCAUACAGUUACCCAAGUGGGGAAUGAUAUACCAUCACUUAUAUAAAGCUAGACAGUGGAUCCUGUAUGGCAGAAGAGAAUGGGAAGGUCUUUAACCUGGACUGGGAACGGGUCAUGUAGGGUGUUCAGAGCAUGUGCGGAUGAUUGGGGGGUGAAAGAAAGUCCUAUACUCAAGGGUGGGGUGGUGGGUGGGGUAGCAGAUUUGUGUGACCCUUACCAAUGGCAUGUGCAAGGUUCCGCUCGAUUUACCGAAUGGGAUGCGCUUCUCGAACAUCUAAAAAAAAUAACCCGUAAAAACAAAGUUUUUCACUAUAAAUCCUUUAUAUGUAAGAUCACCUCUUGACAUGCCCCGUAUAUUCCCGAGGGCACUAGCGUUGACCCGUUUUACCACUUUCAAGAACCUGGCGGCUUCAAUUUAACUGCUCUAUAAAUAGUCUCCACUGUACUGCGUGGGGGCAGGGAUUUCAUGCCAUGUGGUUAGUCAACAUUUGCGUCAUCAUGAAACGGGCGGCGAGAGUCUUCUCGUCCUCUGACUUGAGAUGGCUGCCACCUAUGGGUCAGAUGAUUGUCUGCCACCACAAUGAGUCUGUGUGCAAAAUGUCAGCUCGAUUGGAUCACGGGAAGUGGGUUAAAAAACGACCUAAAGAUUUGCACGGUCGUAAGCAAGCAAGCAAGCACGCAAGCACGCAAGCAAGCAAGCAAGUGAACUUAAUAUAAAGGAUUUAAAAACAGACUCACGCGCAUAAAACUAAAUUUGUAAUUCGCAAUGGCUUUACCCAUUUGGUUUAAUACUAAAACUUGUGGGAAUUGUAUCGGACAGUCAUUCCAACUCGGGAAAAAAAAAUUGCAAUACAUCUUUGCCACUUUUUAGGAUGCAAAAAAAGUGUAAUAACAUUAUUUAAAAAAAACCUGAAUAUUACAACAAUUUAAUAAUAACAAUACAUUUGAAAGAACUAUUAAUAAAACAAAUUGCUGCAUGUUGGAAUGACCGGAGAUGGUGAGAGCUACCCCAGGUCAGUAGUGGGGCCUUACACCUGGUUAAAAUAUUAAAUGAAUGGUUUCAUUUUACUCGAAAAACAAAACAGCGUCUGUCAUUUCUAAAUCGCGUUCACGCGAAACUUCGUAAAUCGAAACGUUCGUGAAUCGAGGGAUAUCGCCUGUACCUGAGUACAAUGCUUCUACCUCUCGUUCUAUUAUCUCUUACUCAACACACAAUUGUCAAACAAAAUGCAUGCGGUUUGUUGCUUGGAAGAUG